CCGGUGGUGAUCCUUUCCGUGCGACGCGUGUGCGGUCGCUGAAGAAUGCCCAUUGGCACGUGCUGCAGUUGGAGCAGAUUGCUGAGCAGCCGGGAGUGUUUAAGAUGUGGGUCAUUGUGCAUGGACAGAUGCGCUCGUUUACGCUGACGGUGCCGCGGGUGUUCUACGUCAACACACGUACUGAGGAUAACUUUGAGAAAUGGCCGCGGGUGAAUCUGAAGCUGCCGCGUGGGUCUCCAUGUCUGUAUCUAUACGAGUUCAGGCAGAGUGAAGCACGGUACCAGCGCAUGUUCCAUGAUGUCAAGAUGUUGGCUGAGCUGAUGAGUCAUCCCGAUGUGGAAGGCGUGUAUGAGACCAAAGUGCCGCUUGACUAUCGCGCACUGGUGCAGCUGGGAUGUAUCGUACAACUGGCCGCAGAUAGCAAGCACUCCAAUACAGACAUCGACUUCGAGCUCAAGGAUCUGGAUGUGAAGCGUGACCGCAAUAUAGUACAACGCUCCUACCUACCGAGAAAUUCGUUCGACUAUAUCUAUUUAUAUCACAGCGCGGGACAAGCCGCCAAUGACCGACGCGCUAUAUACGGACUAUUCUUCUCGGCCACUAAGAAGGCGACGAUAUUGGUGGUGGACACAGUUAUUAACAAUCAACUGGGCAAUGUCAGACGACUGUACGAAACCAAUCGGUCGGAUAGAGAGAAUUGGCUGCGCCAAUGGGCUGCCGCACAGACGGACAUCAUGGGAGAUCCAAUCAGAUUCGAACACUUGGUGCCGCAGGAGUACAAGUUUGAGGUUCACCAUGUCCUCCCAGAACGUCAGCUAUACACGGCCUUGCAGAAGGCUGUGACUGACCAUGUGCUGGAAGUGCGUGAGAACGGUGACCAGCGACCCACAUUGCUGGUGGCGCAGACAGCCACACCCGUCACCAAACUAGCUCAGAGCGUGCCUGCGUUUAACGACUACCCAUGCUUGAACAUCAAUCACAACCACCUGCACAAUAACUACCCCGCGCUACAGUGGCAAGAAGCGGCCGUCAAGCAAAUGUUCAUCACGAGUGUCUUCAAGGAGGAAUGGCUCGAUACGCAGAUCGAACACGCACGGUAUGGACAAGUGCCAGUGGGCAAUCUACCACCAGACGUCACUACAUUCGUCGCAGAUAUCGAAUUCUCACGGCAG